AUGCCAACACAUAAAGACUUGGCUGAGGCUAGAAACAAAGGAACAGCAACUUCAAGUGGAGCAUUCACUGCCGAAACAUUAAUAGCUGGAAGAUAUGGCCUUGGUUGUAGAUUAGGUAGUGGAAACUUUGGCACUGCCUAUGUUGUUCAGGAUCACAAAACUGGAGAGAAAAAAGUUCUUAAGAGAAUUAACAUUGGGGAAGUGCAGCCAAAUGAAACAGUAGAAGCAGUCAAGGAAGCAACUUUGCUUGCUCAGCUGGAUCAUCCUGCUAUUGUGAAGUAUCAUGAUAGUUUCAUGGAUGUAGAGCAUUUCUGCAUUAUCACCGAGUACUGUGAAGGUGGCGAUCUUGACUAUAUGCUUAAGAAGCUGAAGUCGACAAAUAAAAUAUUGGACGAGUCAUUAAUAAUGGAUUGGUUCAUACAGUUGACUAAUGCUGUCCACUACAUUCAUGAUAGGAAAGUUUUGCACAGAGAUCUAAAGACAAGAAAUAUUUUUCUUAAAGACAAAAAGAUAAAACUUGGCGACUUUGGGAUCUCUCGAAUAUUAGUCGCUACAUCAGAUUUUGCUACAACCUUCACAGGAACACCAUACUACAUGAGUCCUGAGGUUCUAAAACAUGAAGGAUACAACUCAAAAUCAGAUAUAUGGUCAUUAGGUGCAGUACUUUAUGAACUAUGCACAUGUGAGCAUGCUUAUCAGGGUCAAAACAUCAUGGCCAUCAUGUAUAAAAUUGUUGAAGGACAUCCUCCAAGACUGCCGAAUCACUUCACGCCUUCAAUGAGAUACUUGCAUUCAAGAAUGAUGGAUAAGUCACCGGCAAGAAGACCAUCAGCAAUAGAAAUCCUUCAAGAUCCAUGUGUUAAGCGACAUCUUGAGUCUCAUAAGCUGUCAUUAUCACUAGUUCCCAAGGAAUCUAAUCCAUCAGAGGAAGCAAAAGCAAUAGCUCAAGCACUUAGCAAUCAAGUUCCUUCUAAAGGACAUAAAGAUCAAAAUAAAGAUAUCUCUGGAGUAAAUAGGUCACCAUUGGAAUUGCCAGUAAACAAAAAGUUAAAAUCAAGGGAUAAAGUGCCUCCUUGGGUAAAAGAGCAUCCCGAUGUAUUUGUAGGUGGUAAUAUAUCAAUGACAGCAUUUGAUACUUGUGAAAUGAAGGAAGAAGUUGAUAAGUUAGAUGAAUCUCUGUCACUUAUGGAAGUGGCACCAGGACAAUCUUCAGAAAUUAGACAAAAGGACAUGAACUCCAUGACAGAAUCAUACCAACCUAAGCGUUACUCUCAGCAGCUUGAUACAUUAAAGUCCUCAAGUUCCUCAGAUGAGGUAAAAUACACUUCUACUAAAGUACCAGGGACAGAUAGAGAAAAAGUGCAACAAUCUCACGAUGGUUUCUCCUUGUUUACUCCCAUUGCUAGCGAGAGGAGAAUGCUUCAAUUACAAAAUGAUGCACUAAGGAUCUUUGGGCCAGACGUAUUUCAAAGUGUGUACAGAUAUCUAAAGGUUGCUAGAGCUGAUGGAGGAGUGGCUGAUGAAGCGAAGGUUUUGAUGGGAUUGAGAUCCAUCACACAAAAUAUUAAAGAUUGCUUUCUUGUCGAUCAGCUUGUCUUCUUAGAGAAACAAAGAGAGAAUUCACUUUGAAACUGUGUGAACACAA